UGGAUUUUGGAAUAGAAGGUAAAGGAACAACACUACUACUAGUUAAUAGUUAUAUCACAUGAGAAAAAUCCAGCAAAAAAAGCACGGUUUGGAUUCGCAUUGGGAAAUUGGAGGUUAAUGGAGGGAAGAAGUUGGUGCAAUGGAGAGAAGAAUGAGUUUGGGGACAUAAAGAAAGGUCCAUGGAAAGUUGAGGAAGAUGAGGUGCUUCUCAACCAUGUCAACAAGUAUGGCCCCAGAGACUGGAGCUCCAUUCGAUCCAAAGGCCUAUUGCAGCGCACCGGCAAAUCCUGCCGCCUCCGAUGGGUCAACAAACUCCGACCCAACUUGAAGAAUGGAGUGAAGUUUUCAGCAGAGGAGGAGAGGAUUGUGAUCGAUCUUCAGGCACAAUUCGGGAACAAAUGGGCAAGAAUAGCGACGUAUUUGCCAGGAAGAACGGACAAUGAUGUGAAGAAUUUUUGGAGUAGCAGGCAGAAGCGGCUGGCGAGAAUCCUGCACAAUUCAACACCACAAUCUAGCAAGUCAUGGGGAGACAACAAUAGUGGCAACAGUGUUAAGGAAGUUCCCGCUCUUCCUGAUGUUCCAUCCUUGGAGGAACCUAAGUUCAGAUCCUCUACAAAUGAAGAAUCUUUGUCUAAGCAUCAGUCUUGCUCAUCAUCAUAUAUUGAAAAUUUCGAGGCAAUCCCAAUGCUAGAUUUAAUGAAUCCAACUUCAUUCACUUUCGAGCCUAAUCUGCUACAGCUUGAGUAUGCUCAGUGCGAGACCAAACCCUUCCACGGGUCACAGCCACAGCUGCUUCCCUUUCCACAGAUACCACAGGUUCAGACGACAGACUUUUCGUUGCCUCUAGAAGGUCAAGAUUUCGCCUCGAGGCUCGGGGAUCUCAGCUUCUUGGAUGCGUUUGGGAAUGCGAGUGGUCCAGAACCAGAGACGAGCUGUGAGGGUGUUGUUGUGAAGCAAGAAACUGAUGAUGUUGUGAUUAACCCUCUAAGCCCAGAUAGCUUCAUUGAUGACUUCUCCAUAGACAUGUUUGAUCAUAUUGAGCCACUGCCCAGCCCAUCUGAUUGGUGAUUUGGGGAUCUCAGUUCUCAGAUUCUCAAUGUUGUUUGAACAUGAAGGAACUGCUUUGUUUCUGAUUUUAACCAUAUGCUAACAAGGAUUUCAUACUCAUAGGUUCCCAUUAUUGUAGCAGUGGACUACCUGAUGUUUCAUACCCUGUAAUUUGUAAUCCACAGUUUAAAUACAUCACAUUUUCUGCCCAUUAACUUUCAU